AUGGACCCGCUGGCGACGACGGAACGUUUCGAGCGCGAAUUCAGAGAGGCUUUGUCUUUUAACUCUUCUUUGUCUUCUUCCUCUGAUAAAGUCGUUAAAACCAGAAUCCAAUUCGCUUUGGAGGCGGUUUUGUCUGCGACGACGCCUCGCGACGUUUACGACACAAAAGAUGACGAGCACUACCCUUUCGACUCAGACGAGAAAGAACUGGAAAAGAUUGAAACUUUGGCAGAGUUUUUCUACCAGUGCGCAUCCGUCGACCUUUACCCGCACGCGUUCGAUGUGCGCUUGGAAAAUGUCACAAACUCCUCGUCUAAAAUGUCUUCAAUAAGUGAAGAAACGAAAGCUUCGUUACGAAGCGCGUACGUGCGAAACAAAACAGAAUUAACCAGAGCGUGCCGAACACUAGCGGAAAUGGAAGACGAGAAAACGACGGAGCAAUUGGAGAAGAUCGAGUGGCGGAUGAGUGCGGAGACGAGCUCGAGGAUGCGACAGAACAGAGGACGACAUCGAGAAGGAAGAGACGGACGGGAGGAGGAGGAAAGCGAAGGAGUAGGAGGAGACCGGUUGCGAUACGUGGUGAAAGUAACCCUGAGAAGUGUGGGCGAGAAGAAGAAGAACGCGGCGGCGGCGAAAAGGAGGGUGGAAGUUUUCGAGUGUUCGUACGAGACGUUGAAAAAGCUGAGCGAGGACGUGGAGAAAUGCCGGGAGAAGAGCGAGGACGCUCGAGCGAGACGGAUUCGACGGUUCGUGAAACGACCGACUUGA